UAGUCUUCGACUCAACACCGAGGACACACACACACUCACAGAGAGACACAGAGACCAACUUCAGUCAGCAGAAUCCAGAGCAGAGUAGAGAAGUCAAAUCAAAGAAGAUGCAGAAGUGCUUUGGGAUUUUUUGCGUGUCGCUCAUCUUUUGCGCAACUCUGUCUGAGACCAUCGGGCUGGUGAUUGCGGCAAAGGAGAAGCGUGGAUGGACUCUGAACAGUGCUGGCUAUCUGCUCGGUCCCCGUCGUAUUGAUCACCUAAUUCAGAUAAAGGAUUCUCCCAGUGCCAGAGGCAGAGACGAGCUGGUCACUCAAUAUGGUAUAGAUGGACACAGGACACUAGGAGACAAGCCGGGCCUGGCUGGCAAGAGGGACAUGGGUCAAGAGGAGGACUUCAGAACAGGUGCCCUAAGAAUAGCAGAUGAAGACGUCAUCCACACCAUCAUUGACUUCCUGUCAUACCUCAAACUCAAAGAGAUGGGAGCAUUGGACAGCCUACCCUCCUCUCUGACAUCAGAUGAACUGGCCAAUCCUUAACGGUUUCCCCAUGCCUCCCCUGCCGCUCACCUCGCUAUACCCUUGGGCUCCCACAAUCUUCAUCUUUCUGUAGCUCCACUCACACUCCGACUCUGGAUUUGUCCUCGUAUCAAAGAUCUGAUUCUUUAACUCUUUAACCGACAGAUAUGGGUUCUUUCCUUGAAACAAAUAUCAGAUCUUUCUGCUCCUGUGUAAAUAAAACUUGAUCUCCACUGUA